GAGGGGAACAGCCGCAGCCCGAGCAGAUCCAAAGCAUACUUGCGCGCUGACAUCACCAGAGAUACGGAGCCCACAGGCGCUCCCGAUCCGAGCCGGGCCGGGUGAGACCCGGGGACGCUGCUCCCAUCCGCCCCGGGGCUCUCUCCCCCCACAGAGACACAGAGAGCGGCCGCUUUUGCCUGGAUCUCUCGGGGGACGAUGAGGAACGGAGCCCAAGUUUGAGCGACUUGAGCCCGGUACCGGUCCUCUGCGCGCUGCGUCGAGGCUGUCUCUGUGCUAUCCUGCACCCCGGAGAAGAAGCAGAGCUGUUUCUUCUGUUUUUUUUUGUUUUUUAUUCUUGAAAGAUGGUGCUGGACAAGGAGGAGAGUGUGUCCCUGGUGUCCCUCCAGUCCAGGGAGAAGCCGCGGGGCUGCGCGGGCUGCAACGGGCGCAUCCGGGACCGCUUCAUGCUGCAGGCACUGGACCGGUUCUGGCACGAGGACUGCCUGAAGUGUGCCUGCUGCGACUGCCGGCUGGGCCGGGUGGGCUCCACCCUCUACACCCGCGCCAACCUCAUCCUCUGCCGCAGGGACUACCUCAGGCUUUUCGGGGUGACGGGGAACUGUGCAGCCUGCAGUAAGCUGAUCCCUGCCUUUGAGAUGGUGAUGAGAGCCAGAGACAAUGUCUACCAUUUAGACUGCUUUGCCUGUCAGCUCUGUCGCCAGAGAUUUUGCGUGGGAGACAAGUUCUUCCUGAAGAACAACAUGAUCCUGUGUCAGCUGGACUACGAGGGAGGCCAUCUUAACGGCGUGGAGAGGCAGCCUCAAUCAGAAAAAAAACACACCAAAAACCAGCUGGAUCUUACAACUGACCGCUCACUCCUCAUCAGCUUCUUGCUUCCAACCUGACUCUGUGGGGUGGGAAGAAAUAAAGAGUUUGGACGCCUUUAUUGAAGCCCAUGUUGGACUCUUACUCCAGAGCUGCGUGGUGACGUGGACCCAGUACCAACCAGGAACAGAAAACAGGUAAACAUCUGAAAAUCAAAGCUGUCAGGUGGAUGUUUCCCACCUCCCUUAAUGUGGACCAUGAACAGAGCGAACUCGUGGUGUUUGCAAAGCAUUUGUAAAAAAUCUUUUUGACCCUACGGUGGAUGGAGUGAAUACGCCCACAAAUUGAACCAACCAAUGUAACGGUUGAAGAACAGCUCAUUGUUUCACAAAACAAGCAAAUGCAUUUGGAAAUCUUGCCUGGCUGAGAUGAGCCAAUCAGGAGGAAGAAAAGAAAAAUCCACGCAACUUCAGCCACUUUCACCCCGAAGACUUCAAGCCCUGUUUCAUUUUAUUCCCCAUCUACUGUUUUUUCUUCUCUAAUUAAACUGGA